AUGCUUUAUACCAAGAUCCUGGGCGUAGCUGCCCUCUUCAUCUCGAGUGCUAUCGCCGUCCCUCUCGACGUCGCAGCUAGCGCAUGUGCCGCCACCUGCGGCACGGUCUGCUACACCAGCAGUGCUGUCAGCGCCGCCAAGUCAGCAGGCUACAAGCUCUAUGCAGCAGACGACGAUGUCAACAACUACCCUCACGUCUACCACAACUACGAAGGCUUCGACUUCGAUGUGGCAGGAACCUACUACGAGUUCCCCAUUCUCAGCAGCGGCAGCAUCUAUAGCGGUGGCUCUCCUGGUGCGGACCGUGUGAUCUUCAACGGGAAUAACGGUCUCGCUGGCGUGAUCACCCACACUGGUGCUAGUGGAAAUAACUUUGUCGCAUGUACCUAG